UUUUUCCAAAUCAUAAAAUCUCAUUGUUCUUGCUCACAGAAUCUGAUACUGAAUUAAAGCAAAGCAUCACUACAGGUUCGACUGAACAUACUUGGCAACCAACAAUGACUUCGGAGACAAACAUUCCAAGUUACUGGCUAAACUGGAGAUUCUUUGUCUGUGCAAUCUUUGUCUUAACGUCUCUGUUUCUAUCUUCUUAUCUGAUUUGGAGAUAUGAAGGACCAAGAACACGCAAGAAACGCGGUGAUGAUCAUGAUCAAAGCAUGGAACUAGAACAACUCACAGGAGUUGUAUAUGAUGAUGAAACUUGGAAUACUUGUGUGAAAGAGAUUCAUCCGAAUUGGUUGUUAGGUUUCCGUGUUUUCGGUUUUGUUGUUCUUCUUGGACUUAUCUCUGGUAAUGCUAUUGCUGAUGGAACCGGCAUUUUCAUCUUCUACACACAAUGGACUUUCACAUUGGUCACAAUUUACUUUGGGCUUGCAGCAUUGGCGUCCAUAUACAGAUUUAAGUCUGCUGAUAAUGGUGAAAACAGAAUCAGUAUAGUAGAUGAAGAGCAAGGUUCGUAUAGACCUCCCGGGAAUGGCGAAAACUCAAAUGUGUUUAAAUCUUCAAGUGGACACGAUAGAGAAAACAGGUCUACACGUCAGGUUGCAACUACAUUGGGUUACAUUCAUCAGAUUCUUUUUCAAACUUGUGCAGGAGCAGUAUUACUUACAGAUGGUGUGUUUUGGUUCAUUAUCUACCCUUUUCUUACAGUCAAAGAUUUCAAUCUCGACUUUUUCAUUGUCAUUAUGCACUCGGUGAAUGCUAUUUUCCUCCUCGGUGAAACUUUCUUGAAUUCUCUGCGAUUCCCGUUGUUCAGGGUUUCAUACUUUGUGGUAUGGACCGGCAUAUUCGUGCUAUUCCAAUGGAUUGUUCAUGCUUGUGUCUCCUUCUGGUGGCCUUACCCAUUCUUGGAUUUGUCAUCACCCUAUGCCCCUUUAUGGUAUGCGGCUGUUGGAUUGAUGCACAUACCAUGCUUUGGAAUCUUUGCUUUGAUCGUGAAGUUGAAGAACUUGUGGCUCUCAAGAUGUUACUCAGAAGGACCAUAUUAAAUAUAUACUCGAAUGUUUAAUACUCUCAUAUGAGCCUUGAGCAAAGUUCAUAGAAGAAGUUACAGAUUCUCAUACUCUCAUGUACAAGUACAGGUAUAUAGGUUCUCUCCUGCCUUCUGUAUCAAUUUUUUUCUAUGUAAAUUUCCUUUUGAAGGAACAUAUAUAAUCACUUAGCUAGCUAGUAGUCACCAUUCUUUUGGAGGGGGCCAAAACAAAUAAAACUGUUCUUUUGAU